ACGUGCAGCGAAAAGGACUUUUAUUUUGACAAUUUUGUGGACGUUCCCACCCGGAAGUAGCUAAAUACUCGAGGACACGUUUUAUCUUUCUGUUUUGUUCAUGCAUUUUAGAACAACAUCUAAUAAUAAUACUGCAGUUUUACAGCAGAAUGCUGUAAACAGUUUUCAUCCUUGAUACAGUCAUUUAGCAGACUUAUAACACAGCAAAAGAUGGAUGCUAUGGAUUACCCCCUCCCUUUCUCCUCCCUGCGCCUUUUGGUCCCACCUCUACGGCUAUUGUCUGCAUUUAUGUGGCAGGUAGCGCAUCAGAGGGCCAUCAAGCACUAUGGAAAGUUAGAGGAGUUUGUGACAGUGGUUACACAAACUGUCCCAGAACUUAUAACUGACAGACAGAGGACAUUGCUUCUUCUGGCAUUAAGGGCAAGGGUAACUCUUCAGCUGUUUCAAGGUGAGCAUCCAGAAGACCUCAACAAAAUUAAGAUCCAUCUUGACAGAUUCUCAUCCUGUGGUCUUUCACAGAAUAAUGAUGCACAGAUGCAUGAGUUGGAAGAGAACUUCCUCAAGCUCACCAAAAACCUUCUUGAAGACCCAGUCGAGAGGAUCCAAUUCUUCAAGGCAGAUUUCCCUGUGGUGUAUGGCUGUGAUUUUGACAGAGCUUUGCAAGCACUUGUUUCUCAGUUCCUCUCCAGACUAGAAGAUCUGCUACCAGUGCCAGACCUUAAGCAGACUGCAUCCUGGCUCAGCGCUGUACCCUCUGCCUCGGAUGAGUGUCUGCAGUCUCUUUCUCACACAGAGGACCUGCAAUACCUGCUUCAGCACCACACAUGCUGUGGAAAGUUAGACAAACCAUUUCCCUCCUCGGCAGAAGACUGCAUCCUCGCUUCACUGUCCCUCCCUACCACAGUGGGAGUGGCAUAUACCUUUGACAGCAAAUUAGAUGUCUUGCCUAACUUGGAAGGCUCUACCCAUGUAAGCAGAGAGAUGGAAACUUUGUCAGACAGCAGAGAUUAUCAACAGGCAGAAUCAAGAGCACGUUUAGAUGGAAACCAGAACAGUAAAGAAGACCGAGUGUCUACCAUGGGUAGCGAUGAUGAUGAAUGCACAGAGAGAGGUGUGGAAGAGGAGAAUGAAAACACAAGUGCUGUGGGAAGGGUUAUUUCCGAAGCAAAGGACCAGAGGAGAUGUGAAGGGGCUGUUGGGGACCUGUGCGCUGCUGGAGCACCAGACCUCGCAGCCAACUCUCCAAUGGUCACCUCCAGUGUGGCUCAAAAACCCUCCAUAUUUCGCACCCAACUUACACUCAAAAUAAAAGGGGACCACAGAGUCAAUUCCUCCAAGAGAUCUAGAAAGAGCCCAGAAGGGAGGAUGGCUGAGUCCAGUGUGAACUCUGAUACACCUCUGCUUGACUCCUCACAGGAAACGACUGGUGCAGAAUCAAGACCAUUUUCUCCAGACCAUGAUGACACAGAAGAGGAAAACAAAGAACCUGCUUCAGGGGAGUCUUCUUGGCUGUCUAGCUGCGCUCAACCACCACCUGGUGACGUAUCGCCAUCCUCAGAGACCCUUUCCAAAGCAUUGUCCACUGCACGGCGUAUUGCCAACACGUGCUCCCAGUGUGAAAGGUGUUUUAUCUAUCCAUCUCAACUGGUUCAGCAUCAGCGAAUUCACACUGGAGAUCGACCCUACAAAUGCACCCAGUGCGGGAAGACUUUCAGUAAUUCAACUGGGCUUUCAAAACACCACCAAAAACACUGUCUAGAUGCGACCUUCGAUUGCCCCAAGUGCGGAGAGAGUUUCAGAUCUCUCCGCGAGCGGUUCAAACACUUAUCUACUCACAAGUCCCUCAAAUGUCUGUUGUGUGGAAAGAGUUGCCAGACGACUUCUGAUUUGCGAAAGCACCAGCAAACACAUAGUGUGACGCCGUCGUUCAACUGCUCUCUCUGUGAAAAACGUUUCAAGUUCCUGUCGAGCCUAACCAGGCACAACAGGACCCAUUCAUUGGAGGGGGGGUAUGCUUGUUCCAAGUGUGGGAAAACAUUUGGAUCUUUAAGUGAACGGCUCCAACAUAAGAGGACACAUAGGGCACAGCUCAACUGUACGGAUUGUGGACGGAGUUGCAGUUCCCGCUCCGAACUAAAGAGUCACCAGCAAACUCACUCUCGUGAACCUCUCUUCAACUGUCGACACUGUGAAGACAAAUUCUUUGGGUCAGUUGAGCUGAAGAUCCACCAAAAAACUCAUGCAGUGGACAAACCCCAUCAGUGUGAUGCGUGUGGAAAGUGCUUUGGUGCCUUAGCCACACUUGUACUCCACCAACGGACACACACGGGGGAGAAACCCCACACAUGUCCUCGUUGUAAUAAGCAGUAUAUCUCCAAAAGUCAGCUGACGUCACACAUGCGGACUCACACGGGCGAGCGUCCAUACAGCUGCUCUUACUGUGGGAAGUGUUUCUCUCAGUUGGCUAAUCUUACUGUGCACACAAGGAUUCACACGGGGGAGAGACCUCACAUCUGCUCUCGGUGCAAGAAAGGGUUUUGCUCAGUCGGUGACCUGCAGAAGCAUGAGCGCUCUCACACCAAAGAGAAACCUUACAGGUGCACAGUUUGUGGAAAGGCCUUCACAGUGUCAAGUCAUUUGACGGUUCACAUACGCAGUCACACAGGAGAGCGCCCCUACACCUGCCCUGAGUGUGGAAAGAGUUUUGCGCAGAGCUCUGUCUUAACUAAACAUCAAUUCACCCAUACAGGAGAGAGGCCAUACCCAUGCCAUCACUGUGUAAAAAGUUACACCCGUCUCACACACUUGAAGAGACACCUACAAACACACACUUGAGAGAGUCCGGUGUGUUUUCCUGUUUUGGUUUCAUUCUGAAAAGCGUUACAUGGAUUGCUGUUUCACUGUCUGUCAAUGUCUUAUGCUGAAUAACGUCAAUCUAUAACUGAAAACCAUGCUCACCAUGCCUUUUUGUGAAACUGUAGUUUGUGUACAUUACUGCCAACAUGUAUGGAAAAUAAACAUUUCAAAAUAUAAAAUAACCUCUUUCAAGUUACAGUAUGUGUCAUAGAAAUGAGCCAUUUUAUGAUACUUUCUAGCUUGGGCCUGCUUCUCUCUGGACGUUUGGGCCUGCUUCUCUCUGGACGUUUGGGCCUGCUUCUCUCUGGACGUUUGUGGUUUGAGUCAGUUUAUUUUGAAUGUAACAAAAACUGAAGACAAUAUUUGAACUUUGAAAUACAACUGUAUUCUUUUUCUUCUAUGCAAAUGAAAGCUGUUACAGUAGGCUUAAUUUAUUAUAUUCUACCUUACCUAUUCUAUAUGUAAUAAGCAUUUGGCUUAAUUAAAAAUACACAAACAGGUGUGUACGUAAAUGUAAAUAUUGUUUAUUAAACUUUUAUAUAUUACUGUUUAGAUUAUAAUUUCAACACUUAAACUGCUACAAAUGUCAUCUACAUUUCCACAUGGAGGUAGUAGGUAUUUGAGCAAUUCCCUGUUUUUUAUUGUUAAACUUAAACUUGUAUGCAGGUGUGUGAGGUGUAAUUAUGGCUUAUGGUCAUGUGCAUGCAGGGCCACUUUCAGUUGCCAAACUUUGCAGUGUGCGGGUUUCUACUUUUUUCUCAUUUUAUUCAAUUGUUACCAUGCACCUGCAAAAAUGUUAGCUCAGAUGUGAGAGUGCCUUUUGAAUUUUAAAACUUUGCAUAUAGAAAUAGA